AUGGAAAAGGCAAUGCUAAAAGAAAAAGCACAAGAACACCAACGUCGUUUCAACAGUAGGGAGAAAGACGUUCUGAUGGGACUUCGAACAAAGUUUCGUGAGAAGGAAGACUACGAUGACGAAAGCAAAGUCAAAAGAUUACUGCAGGAUGCAUCGGAGGUGGACAAACGGAUUGAUUUGACCAGGAAUGGAAAGGUCAGUACCCAAGACAUUGGUAAAACCAUCUCAGAGAUAGAGAAACUGGCUAAGAAACGAGAAAAGCUCCUCAGCAAGUCUAGUUUCAAGAAGAAAUAUGCGAAGAUCAAGGAAAGGCUCCAAGUUGGUUGGGAGCAACAAGAGCUGGAACAAUCGGUGAGAUUGCAAGAAGAGAAAGCAGCAGCCGAAGCUUCCGCAAAGGCUGAUACAGAAAAGGAAUCCUUCAGAGCACGCCGAGCAAAACAACUCAAAGUUGCCGGUCAUCCAGCCGCAAACAACCUCAAGUUUGCUUCCUUGCGACCCUCUGAGCAUCAUGUGGUUCAUCGUUGGAAGGACCGUGGCUUGACGUCUAUGACACUCCAGGACUUCUUGGCCCAGAUUAAUGAUGCGAGAAUCUUGUACACUUUGGAACCGUGCGAGGGCGACAAGGGGCAGCCACAGUGGGAAGUGAAGGUACAGCGUCUGGAAGAAGGGAAGCAAGUUGCACUGAUAUUGAACCGAGAAAAAACGACGAUCAUCACUGUCCUUCGCGACGAUGAUGAGUACGAUUACAAAAGGAACGACCAUAGCUUUGCUCCCGCAGGAAAGAUUGCCGCGGAGAGAGCGACCAGCUCAAUGAAUGGCAACUGA